GCACGGCUCGGCGAGCAUCGGCCGCUCAGUCAAGAAACUCGGCUGCAUCGAAUCAGUACGGGCGAGCGAGGUGCAAAAAUUUGGUAACGAGCCAGGAGCGCGGUGCUCUCUGCUGCCUGGCGAUCGGCUGUGGCCCGUACGGCGGUGGCUGGCCUCGCUGGCACCACGGAACAGUAAAAGCCGAGGAUUGUGCACUGUGCGGCGGCGAGAAGAAAAACCCGGGGGGGCCGACGAGAAAAAGAGAAGAGUCGAAAGUGGUGCGGGUCGAUUUUCGUGUCGGUCGGGCUAAGUGUUUCUCCGGCGAUCGCGGGACGGAGAGACGGCAGAGGCGGAACGGGGACGGGAAAAACGAGUCCGUCUCGCUGGUUUUUCCUUCGGCACGGACGCGCGCCGCCCCUGGACCUCCCCCCUUAGCGUAUCGUCCGCCGCCGACCAACAAGAAAACCAAACGGGGGGGAAAAAAAAAGAGGAAAAAAGGGAAGAAGUCGGGCUCGAAUGAAAUCGGGGUGCGCUGGGUGACAGUGAUGAGUGUUUCUGCGUUUGUGCUCGGCAUCGACACCACCAUCGUCGACGUUGCUGCUGCUUGGUGCUUACGUGACUGUGACCGUGACUGCCGUGCCGUCGCCAGCGCGAUGUGCUCCGUGAGCCCGGCCGUCGACGAGAUGCAGAGGACGUGGCGUAUGGGUUCACCGAAGUGGUGGCUCUAAGGGGGUCCUACAGGGAAGCAUGAGGGAGAGAACACCCUCUGCGGACGACACCCCGAAGAGGGCACCACCGGCUCCACCCAGAGAAGCUGCCUCCGCAGACGUGGCUGGUAGCAAGACGAGUAGCGAAGCAGCCGAGGUGUUUCACGCGGCGAAGUUCUCCCCGGCAACGACGGCGACGCCGACCACGGCCGCGACGACGACAGCGUCGUCCCCAUCGAGCGUCGACGCCAGAAUGGUCGCCUCUACGCACAAUCUCGACGAUCUGGGCGUGAGCCAUCCAGCCAGCGCGAACGGUGAUCGGCAGCAGCAGCAGGAAAAGCACGGGCACACCUACAGAUCCGCCCAGACGGCUCAGGACAAGAGAAGCAGGCUGAGCAACGUGAUAAACAACCUCAGGAAAAAGGUGCCCGACCCCAGGAACGGGGACUCUGCCAGGAAAGAGGAGGAUGAUAGGAACAGUGUGGAGAGAAAUCUGGAGACAUUGGAGAAAUAUGUGAUGACGGUGCUGAACGGUGUGAUCAAAGACGAAGAGGACGGCGACGUAGGGCAGAAGAAGGAGGCGGACAAGGGCGUGGAGCCGAAGAAGUUGGCCGAGGAUCACGAGGACGAGGACUCCAAAGGUCCGGGAGCUAAAUUUGAGCCUUCGAAGCCAAACGAGAGCAGGACCGAGACUGCUGUCUUCCUUUUAGAGCAGUCCGAGGCGUCUGAGAACGUUGUCGGCGGCAAUGCUGGUAAAGAGCCUUGCUUGGAGUAUCAGAAGUCGAAUGAGAGAGACGAGGGUACGGUGCAGUGCGAGGAUUCCAGUUCUCUGGAUGCGAAACCUAACGAGGUAGAAGAGGAACUGAAGACUUGCAAGGCGGACAGCAUCGACAAUGAGGAUGCAUGUAAAGACGGUACGUGUUCUUCCAAAGAAACGAAGUCUGAAGGCUUGGAUGCUGCGAAGAAUGAGAGCCAAGAGGAUGAAAAGAAAGAGAACCGUUCGCUCGGGACGAUCAUCAUGGAGAGGCUAAGCGAUCAUCAAGCGGAUGACAAAGUAAGCGCAGACUCUGACAAGGAGGACCCUAGGGAAUUUGUUUCAGAAAAUGUGGAACUCCGAAACGUUUGCAGAGACCUCCUGAACGAUCUUCUGAACGGUAUCAAUCAACUGAUCGAUGAGAACAGUCAAGAAAAGGUGGACAAGUCGCCAGAGAACAAUACGGAGGAGACAAGGAACUCCAGAAACCCGGAUCUUGUUAUGACAAGCCUUCACUGCAGUUUGCCUCUAGAUAAAGUAGCUUCUGUGCUCCAGAAUUGUCAGACGAAUGAUUCGGCAGGACCUCAGUUGCCGCCGUCGUCGUCGUCGUCGUCGUCGUCGUCUUCUUCUUCCUCCUCUUCGUCCCAGGGGACGAAGUCUCCUUUCAAACCUCCAUCCCCUACGGUCAGACACCUCUGUCUAUACUGCGACAGAAAAUUUCUUUCCAUAUCUCUGCGGCAAAGACACACCGAGAGAGUUCACCAGCAAGGGGGCGGCAGGCGAUCGGAAAGAAACUCGAGAAGACCCUCUCAGAACUGCCAGUAUUGCUCCGAAAAGUGUGCUGAGAGUCUGGAGGGUCUUUUCCAGCACAUGGUUGGAAGCCAUGGAGAUAAGUACCAUGCCUGUGUUCAAUGCUCCACAAGGUACCCCACCAGGGAAGCUCUGGUGUGCCACAUAAGCGAGAAUCAUGGGGGGAAUGCGGACAGGAACUUUCAGACUCAGGAAAAAAUGAAGGAGUCCUCCCCCAUCAAAGAGCUAGGUAACCAGAGCACCAGGGACAAGCCCGAAUCCCUAAAUCCCAAAGAACGCAGACCAGAAGAGUCUGACCACGAGCAUAGAACAGAAUCCAUCCUGCUGAAGCCAACAGUUCCCACCAAGGACAUCUUCAGCAACCCAGGCAGUCCAGAGUUCGACAGUUCCUUCUACAGCAGCGUCAGCUGCAACAUCAGGGAGAACCUUCUUCAUCACUUGGAUGGCAAGCUGCAGAGCUCCUCCUCUACUAUGAACACACCAACGUCCUCCAUGGUAGAACCAAAGCCUCAGCAGCAGCCACAACAGCAGCAGCAGUCUUUCUACGAGCACAGCAUCAGUCAGAUUCAGCUUCCCAUAGAUAUCUCCUUGACCGCUGCGACACCCGUCUACUCCAAGGAGUAUAAUAACGAGGAUUAUGAGAAUUCCAGCGAGUACGCUCAGAAGCCUGGCAAGAGCAACAGGUCUCAUCCUAGACGGGUGUCCUUCGAGAAGUACAAUUUCCCCAGGAAGUAUGACGGCAAGGAGCAAUGGACCUGUUCCAUUAAGGACCUCAGCAAGUUCGACAUCUCCACGCAACUGUCCCUCAGGAAGAAACAGCAGUUGCUGAAGGAACGGGUCACUCUGACCAGGCUACGACAGGUACCGGUUCCCGAAGUCACCGACAUCGUUCCGGAUGAGAGUCUCAGCGUCAGAGAGUCGGAGGACUCUCAGGAACUAUCGGGUGAUAGGAAAAACAUCGACGAGCAGACGUCACGUUGCGAUGCCACGAAGUUAAAGGACUGCAAAGCGGACGGCUGCGAGUUGAUACCUUCAUCCAGCACUGAGUUCAGCGCGGAGUUUGGCAGCUUCCUUAGACUCCGGAAGUGGGACGAGAAAACGUCCAGCGAAGCGGCCAAAAUGCAGGAAAUUGUCUACGCUGAGCUGACUGGGGAGUGGUCCAGGCCACGGAUCUACAUCUGUGGUGCAUGCGCUUCCAAACAUGUCACCUUGAGAGAGAUGGAAGAACACAAAGCUUCGUUUCAUCCAAACGUUUGGUGCUCGCACUUCGAGUUUUCUGGCGACCAAAGGGAGCUGUACAAGCACCUGUUUUUGCCGGGCAAAGACGUGCCGACAGCGAAAGCGAAAGCCGCUAUCCUGGACGAAAAAAUUUGCACCAAGUGCUCCAGAAACUGCAACACCUUGCCGGAGCUGCACAGGCACAUGCUGGAAUGCGGAGGAGACCAGGCAUGGUUAUUAGGACUUUUUGGCAAUGGGAAGAAAAAGUGCAAGUGGAGGCCCUUUGGUAGUCGCAGCAGAAGGAGAAGGCAGAGGGGGAUGAAGAGGAACAUACAAAACUCUCAAACACCGAGGGUGACCACCCCCAAAGAGAAACAACCGACUGGUCCUAGAGUCAGACCUAGUGACCGUAAGUCUCUUCCCCUAAAAUGUGAGAGCAUUCAAAAGAUGUUGGCAAACUUACCUCCUAAAAGGGCUACCAGAAAAGUGAUGCAAGAUAGUGCACUAAGAACACAGGGUAGACUCCGCAAUGUACAAACCAGGUCGAGACCACGAAUGGUCGGCGACAAUUCCACCGCGUCGCGAAUGUCCCGCAACAAGGCGGCUCUGAAGAACAAGCUGCUGAAGAACGCGAAGUCGAUCCAGCGGAACCGGUGUCGGAUCGACAACAUAUCGGCGGUGAUUGAGAGCGUGGUGAGGAACUACAACCACACGGAGGAGAAGAAGCCCACCGAGCAGGAGAAGGCCGAGUCGACGAAAGCGGAGGUCGAAAAGGAUGCCAAAGAGAAGAAAGAAGAUGAGGCGAGAAGGGAAACUCAACCGGAACUAGGCGCCAGGACGAAGGUCAUGCGAGGACCCAGGAUUCUGAACAAAAAGAGAAACAUCAAGAUCAAGCAAGCGAUCAAGAGCCUCGAGCAAGCGAAGAAACCAGGCGGCUUCAAGGCCAGAGCGAAGUUGACAGUGAAGAACCCCACCGAGGCAAAAGUGGACACCCCUAACGAACCUGCGAAAACCCCAAAGAAUAUGAAAUCUGUGCCCAAAGCUAGCGACAAGGAGUCAGAAUCCGAAAUCAGUUCUCCAGAGUCGAAAUCCUCCAGUAGCCCAACGAAGAACAAGCUGUCCAUCCAGACAACCCCUAAAAAGAAGAGGCCAGUGGAUCCUGUCGCCUCUUUGAACGCGUCUAUCAAAGCGAAGUCGCAACUUAGAAGUCAGGAUGGAAAAUUUGCCAGGAAUCCCAACAAGAGUCCUCAAAAGUCGCCGGAGGUGAAAUCACCGGGUCGCCCAGUGACUAAAGGUAAGAGCAACGAAGCUAGUCCAGAGACCGUCACCAGGUCGAAGCUGAGAGGAGGAGUGUUUAAAAGCAAAACCAACGACCAAUUGCCGAAGAGGAUCACUAGAUUGUCUUCAGAUAGUGAUAAAAUGCCAACGUUGGAGCCUGCGGUGCAGAUAAUGUCCAGUAGCGAAGAGGAUGUCCAGACCUCGCUGAAUGACCUGCCAAUCCUUUCUCCGGUUACUACAGGGUCAGGAACAGAGAAGGUAUUGCGAGGUAAGAAUCUGAUUAGUAAGACCGUCGACGACAAAGAGAGCCCUAAAAAGGAUCAGAUCGCGGAGGUGGAAGAGAAAAAGGAUGUUGAGAAUAGUCUAAUCGAAGAGGACAAGGAUUUGAAGCAGGCCAAAACGAGGAGACAGAAAGGGGACGUUAAGAAUCUAGAGAAGAACCUGGAGAACGUUGCCAAGGACGACUCUAUGAGAGAGAAGCCAAAAAUUGUUAAAGAGAAGAUGAAGAGGAAGAGUGCGCCAGGUAGGUUGGCGAAUGCUGAAGAAAAGAAGGCGAGUGCGACGAAGACACCAGAAGAAACGACCCCGAAGAAGGAUCCGAAGCAGAAAACACUGGAGACCAGGAGCAACUCCAAAGCAAAGCUGGACAACAAGACUAUUGUUGAUUCUGAAAUAAAGAUUCAGAACGUACCUUUUGAGGUGAAAAAGCUGAUAGGAUCCAGCAACAAGGAUGACUUACUGACCAAGUUGGUAUUAACGUCAAGGGUUGCCAGUUCCAAGCGUUGCCUGAGGCAACCAGCGUCGAAGCCGAAGGACGAGCCAGGUAAGAGCAAAAUUCAGAAAGAUUCAGAGCCGGAAAGAACGGUCCCUGAUCCAGAAUGCAUUUCAGAAAUGUCUACAAAGAAGGAGAAGCCUGAGUUCAGGAGAAAGUCGUUGAGGAAGACGGAGAAGAAGCCAGAGAAAGAUAAGGUACCAAGCAAGAAUGAUCAGCUGGAUUCAGGAGAGGUGAACAAAAUUGUGAACGAAGUAAAGGCAGUUGCCAAAGGAAGAAGAAACAGCGGUGGUCUCUCCAAUGAGACUAAGUCAACGGUCAGUGUGAGUCCAGUGACUUCUGAGGAUCUAUCCAAAGUAGAAAUCGAGUCUCCAGAAAUUGAACACGAAAACACAAGUAACAAAAGGCAAACCAGAGGUUCGCUGAUGAAUACCACGGACGGGGAUCAGCAGCAGACCAAAGAGACCCCUGUAGAAUCAAACGAAAUGCCCCUGAAGAAGACCACCUCGCUUGGUAAGAGGCGUGGUCGGAUUAAAUGUAGCAACGACACCCUCGACAAGAAAAAUGUUGAGAUGUCCCAGUCGAGGAGCGAAGAGGCUGGUAAAAAUUGCCCGACCGAAGUGGAGACUUUGGAUAAAGAUACAGAAAGUAAUGAAGAAAAUGCGGAUGAUAAAACAACAGCGUCAGCAAAGGAUGAUAGUUCGAGCAAGAAUAAGCAAGAAAAACAAGAGGGUUUAGUUAAAGUGGAUCAACCGAAAUCUGAGAAAGAAAAAGGACACAUCGAAGUGAAAAAUGUCUGUUCGAGCGUGAACCAUUUGCAACUGGAGACUGGCAGCUCCAUAGACAGUGGCAAGGAAAACUCUCUGGAAACGGUGAUCGGUGUUCAGAGACUGAAAGUUGGAAGACCGAGAAAGUCCUGGGGGUCCAGGCGUGAGAAAACGUCAAAGAGGUCACUGAACAACGUGAUUGGUAUCCUCACAGAAGGCAUGAAUAUCCCCGUGGAGUCUCAGCAAAGCGUGGUCCUGACUGUUCAGACGAGUGUGGAAAAUACGAUCUCUGACGGAUCUCUACAGACCAGCGCUCAGCAACCUGAAGAAGAAAUCUCUAAAUCGUUGGAUGCGGAAAAUAAUGAGAAAAUUGAAACUAGUCAGGAUCCUGAUAAACCGACUGAAGAGCCGAGCGCCUGUGUUGAAAGUGCUGAGGAGAAACCGCAACCGUCGGCUCCGAAAGUGUCUGAGAAGGAAUCGAACGCGGAGGUCCCAUCGGCUAAGGUUCAGCAGGCAGAACCGACCCCUAACGUCAACAAGGAGCCAACCAAUGACAUCAUCUUGGACUUGUCCAGGAGAAAGCAGAAAGGAAAAGGCUCUUUCUUAGAGAAAAUUGUCUCUAAGAUAGCUAAACAGAAGGACGCUUUGCUGGAGGGCGAGGUUGGUUCAUUGUUGGACACAGCUGCGGACGAACUCACUAGUAUUCUUGAUGAGGUUGUGCCUGUUCUCGCGGAAAGAAUCGAGGGUUCAGCAGAUAGCAAGAAUGGCAAAGCUAGGAUUCAAAGAAAACUUCAAUGUGUCAACCGAACGAAAGCGAGCAAUGAGAACUGUUUAUCAGCUCCUGAUUUGAAAUACAAGGAUGCUGAACUUGAUAAACAAAAGGAGAUGGAAAUGGUCAAUGAUGUAGCUAGUAGCGAGGUAGAAGUGAAAGGGGAAUCCUCCGACGAGAAAUCCUAUUUAAAUCAAAAUGUUGAAUCUGAGACCUCGAUGAAGACUUUGUGUAAGGAAUCCGAAUCAGAAUCCUCGAAUAAAGGUGACAAUAAUUUACCCGAGAUCAAGGAAAGUAUCCUUGGCGAUCCGAAGACGUUUGCUAAAGAGACCGUACCUAUUCCAAAUGGAAUUCUAUCUCCAGUGCCUGAAUGGAUUUCAGAAUACACCACAAAUAUUUUGAUAGAAUCGAGCGCAGCCAAACAAGGAGAUGAGACGUUGAAGAAGCAAGAGGAACCAACGCCACAGGAGACGAAGAUCAAUAGAAAGUCAAAGAAACGAGCGCUAGAAGGAAAUUCGCCAAAGAAGAACAAAAGAAAGUCUAUUGAUCCAGCAGACGUUGUUGAAGAGAAAACAAUUAAUGACGAGUCGCAUCUUGCUAACAUCUUGAAGCUGAUGAAUAGAGCAAGGGAAGUGCCUUCAACCAAAGAAACUAUCAAUGACGAGCCGCGCACUGAAAAGAUUCGACUUGGCAAAAGAAAGACGCUGAACGAUGAUUAUCAGGACGAGGAUUUAUCGAGUAUCAACGAAACCAGUGAGACGCAUACAGCUGUGGACAACACUGAUGGGUUGAAGAAGUUUAAACCGGAAACUGAAACGACCGUGGAAACACAAGCUGCAAAAGAUGAAGAAAAUAAAAUAGCGGUUGGUGUAUCUGAUAAUCCUGUAUCUGCUGAGGAGGAGGAGGUGGCUGAAGUAAAAGUUGAAGAAAAGAUUCAAGGCAACGUUGAGGAGAAGACUUCAAUUGUUGGUGAGGAGAAGACUUCAAUUGUUGGCGAGGAGAAGACUUCAAUUGUUAGUGAGGAGAAGACUCCAGUUGUCGGCGAAGAGAAGACUCCAAUCAUUGAUCUAGAGAAGAUUCCAGUUGUUAGUGUGGAGAAGAUUUCAAUCGUUGAUAAGGAGAAAACUCAGGUCAGUAUUGAGCAAGAAGAACCUAUACCUCAGCAAGCAACGGGGAAGAGAAAGUCUUCUAUUGAAAGGGUACCAGAAAUAGAGUCAGUCAGACGGUCUUCAAAAAGGAGAUCACUCGCAGAAGAGAAAAUCAAUCAAGAAGAAGAAGCAUCUUCCAAAACUGUCCCAGAGGCGGUUGAGACCACAAGAAGAAGGUCGUUGAGGUCAAAAUUAAAUAUUCAAUCAAAUAACGAAGAACAGAUACCAAAAGAAAAUGAGAAUGUCGUCACUGGUAACGAUAUGACAGUAGAGUCUGGUGAAGAGACUACAAGGAAUGAUACUACAAAGAAUGAGACUACAAAGGAUGAUACUUUGGUGGAAGUUCUACCUUCUGUUGCAAUAGAAUCAAAAGUUGUCGAAGAAGACAUUCGUCCCCAAAUCGUAGAGAAUCAAAAGACAGCUAUAGAAGAAGAGAGUGGUGGAACUGCACCGGAAGUUAGCCUGAAAGAAUCUCAAAAUAUGACGGAUGCAGUCCCGAAGGUACUCAAGAAACGUGGCCGCAAGAAGAAAUUGUUGAUCAGUGAACCUGCAGCAGUACCCAGCCAUGUUGAAGAGACUUCUAAAAUGGAUGUGCAGUCUGUGGAAUCAGAGCCAGUUGCCACUAAUCAGGUUCCUAGCAGGAAAUCCUCGAGAGCGAACCGGACUACCGAGGAAACUGAAGAUCGAUGCAAGAAUUCCACCGAUGUUCCACCUACGUCCACGAAUUUAGAUAACUUUAAGAUUCCAGAGUUGACAGAGGUACUUCAACAUACCAAGAAAAGGACAUCCAAGAGAAAAUCAACCGCUGACGAGCACAUGGAAACACAAAGCAACCCUUCUCUAGCGGAAUCUGAAGUAAGCAGCGUUGAAAGCCUUGAGGCCGACACUGAGAAAGAAGAGGAACUUGAAAAUUCGCAGAAGGACUUACCAGAAGGUCGGAAACGUUCCAAGAGCACUAACAGGCUUCUACUUGAAAGAUCCAGCUCCUCUGGGUCGAUUGAUUUAAGUCAGACUAAUAGGACAAGGUCUUCGAAGCGAAAACAGUUGUCGUCUGAAGAUCUGUCGGAGCAAGAGAACCUGAACCAUCGACCGGAGAGCACGGAUAAUUUAUCUGAAAGCUCUUGUGUCAGCGAGUCGAGUUACUUCAGGAAAAAACGGUUCUCCAAGAAGAAGAAAGGCUUCGAGCAGUCUACUGAAAAUGUUCAAACAGAUGCUUUAGUCACUGACUCUGAGUCCACAGAUACACAAAAGAACACCGAUAGAAGGCAGAGCUUGACCAGGCGAGCCAAGAAGAAUAUAUCCUUCUUUGAAGACCAGUUUGACCUUGUCGAUGACUUUGACAUACCCAUCGACAUUCAAGAUUGCUUGGAUCAAGAAGAAACUCUGAAAAACAUUCCACAAGAUUUAGAGGUGAAAUUAGCUCCUACAAAUGAUAAGGUAGAUGAAGAAGUAACACUGAACUACACUAACAAGGAGAACAGUAAGGAAGAAAGGGUAAUAGAGAAAGAUGAAGUAGCGAUAGAGCCUGUACAGCCCGAGGAAUCUGUAGAAUCUGAGAAAUCGGUUGUAGAAGAAAAGGAAGAAGAGAACGAAGAGUCGAAGGACGUUAAGAAAAUGGAAGUUAAAGCAGACGACACUCUUCAGACACAGGAAGAUUUCCAGACACCCAAGAAACGUGCAGCAGGUAACUUCGUAGUGGUACAUAAGAAGACAGGUGAGAUUCUGAUUGUAGAGAAGAGGAAGAAGCUGACGAAGGAAGCGGCCAGGUUCUUCUGCGAUGUCUGUGCAACCAGCUUCACCAGGAAGAGUUCCCUGAAGAAGCACAACUUAUCCCAGUCCCACUUACUGCAAAUAAUCAAUUCGAAAAAAGAGAAAACAGCCAAUGAAAGCAGUGAAGUAGCAAGUAGCGCUAUUUGGAAAAAUGAACAAUCAAGUCAGGAUGAAAAUCUGAGCGGCGAGAGUAAGACUUUCACUAAUGAAUCUAUAAGCACCUCGCAAGAGUGUAGUAACGAGCAGAUGAAAUCUAAUUCUCCCACACCUGGCAACUCAGAGGAGCUGGACAGCUUAAGAAGAUUAGAAGAAGAUGUUCAUACAGCUACAGUGGAACCAGAACUGCUGAUAGAUCCCCAAAUGAAACAGCGUACCCUGGAGGAUGAACUUCUGGAUGAAGAGAUCUGCAAGAUCACCGAGAACAUGAGUCACGAUGAGUACGUGCUCACUGAACAUACCAGUCCCCUUCCAGAAUGCACCUCGACGCCCAUAAAGGCAGAGACGAAGAAAGAGGAUGAAACAGAAAAAAAGAAAAAGAAACACGAGAAAAAGAAAGACAAAGGGAAGAAGAAGAAGAAUUUGGUGGAUGAACAUCUGCCUUCUGACACUUCUGAUCCUGAAGCACUCUUGGACUCACUCACAUUAAAUGUUCUAGAUACCAAUGCAUCUUUGAAAAUUUCAGAGUCUUCGUACAUCGACUCUUCUGAGACCUCAGUUAUUGAAAGUCAGAUUUUGAAAGAUGCCGAAGAUGAUCCUAUUUCUACGAACAAUUUAGAUCCGAUAGAAAAAGAGGAGCAAUUCAAGAAGAAACAAUUGCAAAGCGACGAUAUCUUCGUAUCAGGUAAAAUGGAAGUGGAAACUGUGAAGCUAAACGGACAGAAGGAGGCGAUUGAGUGUUCUGAUAGCCAGCUGUAUGAUCUGAUAGAGCAUUCUGCUAAGAAGACUGAGAAUUUCCUAGACACUGAUGCGGACAAUAAUCCUACCUCACAAGAUAAUCAAUCGCACGAACCUCUGAGCCUAGAACAUACCAUAAAUAAAUAUAACGAGGAAUGUCCUAAAAAAUCAGACAGUAACAGCAACGAAGUAGUAACCUUCACAGAGACUGAUAGCUCUUACAAUCCCGAACAUGGCGUAGAAAAUGAGCCCAUUGAAGAAGCAGACCGUUCGAAGUCCGAAACCGGGCAACCUGAUGCAAGGAUGAAUGUAGACUUGUUUAAUAACCUGGAGGAGGUAUAUCAAGGAGAUCAUGUUAAGAACAACGUGGAAACAGAUCAGCCUAGAUCGAAUGAUUCAUUUAACCAUCAAAAUCUUCCAUUGGUUAUAGAAGAUAAGGUAGAGAAUGCUCCAAGCUUGCAAAACGAGUCUACGAAGACUUCGAGACACGGUAAAUCCAAGAAGAGCAAAAGUAAGAAGCAUGCCGAACUGACAGAUAACUCGCCUGAUGUUUCGUCUGUUAAGAAAACAAGUAAGUCCAAAGUUAAUCAAAGUAAACAACUACAGGAGGAAUACGUAAAACCUUCAGAGAUUGCAAAUGAUCUGAUUGUAAACGAAGAGUCGAGCGAUUGUUCUAAAAUUUUAGAACUUUAUGAAAGUGAUCAUGAAAAAACAGGAUCAUUCUCGUGUGGCUCGCAAAUAGAGGGAAAUGUAACCCAGCUUUGUAGUGAUGCUGAGCACAAAUUCAAUGAAGAAGAAGUUCUCGACAGUUCGAAAUUCUAUUCUAAUGUGGACAAUUUGUCGAACAAGGCAGUAGAGAAGGAUCAUAAUUACAACGAAGGAGAUGAACCAAAGCCUUUCCAGGAUGUGGACGAAGCUUCAUUAUCCAGUCUUGAUGACAAACCUCUGUCACAGAUUUUAUUGAUGGCCGAGGAGAAAUUGCAGACGGAAAAGAAACAAGAGAAGGUGGAACAGCCUCCGAGUUUCUUGAAGAAUCAUGAAGAGUCAAAGCCUGAAAAAAUAACAGAAAACCAGGAUACUACUUUGGAUAACAUGGAGUCAGACGCUCAUGUCGAUACUCCAAAAUCCAUCGACGAAGAGCCAAUGAAUGUGGAAGUGGCUGCUCUCGAAAUUCCAUCUGAGAACGAAUCUGAAGUAUUGAAACCAACGGAGGAUUCUGAUAAAGACACAGACAAGAUCUCAUCAGAGUACGAGAACACGGAGACUGUUCCAGAGGCAAAGGAUACUCCGGACGAUAGAGAGCCGAAAGCAAUUAGCAAUGGUCGUAAAUCAAAUGCCAGUGACCGUCAGAAUUCGAAUAGAAAGUCGUCAAAGUUGCAUAAACACAGUAGCAAGGAUGUACACCGAAAAUCUAGAAGCAAAAAGAUGUCCCAAAGAAGUAAAAUUGUUGGUAUCACUAGUGAUAGUGAUGAUAGCGACACAGAAGACAAGAUGGAAUCCCAGAACAAAAGCAAAAUUGUUAAAAGCGUAUUCGGGAGAGUUUUUGGUGGUGAGAAGACGGAUAAGGUCAAGGAGGUUCUCAACGAUUGGGUGUCUAAGUCAGAAGAUGAUUCGGAUGCAUCAAGAUCUGACAGUCAUCAUAAUCUGAAGAUCAAAGAAGGCUCAGAUAAUAAACACGAGGACAAGAACGUUAAAAGGCAUUCUGUCUCAUCAUCUUCCCACACAAAUCAAAAGAAACGAACAGGUAAGAAGUCAAGGAAGAACUCUUCCUCUGAUAAGGUCAAAGAUCAAGUUGCUACAGCUGAAGAUCAAGAGGAACAUCGUUCUGGUAAACACGCUAAAUCAAAGAACUCUGGCAAUAAGAAAAAGAGCGAUAUAGAAACGUCCAAUUACUACUUCUUGGUUCUGCCUCCCACCAGUUGCAGACCCAGCAAGAAGAGAGCCGAAGAGAGGAUCUCCAGAGCCUUCGAAGAUGAUACAUUUGACUCUUAUGGCAACAAGAUCCAAAAGAAUAAGCAGAAAGAAGUUAACUAUGAUUUGAGAAACCAGGGAAAAGAUUUGGGUGUCAAGGACAAUGGUUAUGGAUCCUUGAAUUAUGAAGACGAUCCGUCGAAGUUGGAAGCCCUGGAAGAGUCCGCAGAAGAUGACAGGAUGCCGAUCAAGAGGAGAAAGUUGUCCGCCUCUAGAAAAAGUAAAAGCAAGAAUGACGAAAAUAAUUGGAGAGACUCUAUGGAGAAGAGUGCAGAGAAGAGCACCAAGGACUCUGAAGAGGAAGAUGACUGUUCCGUAAAGGAUCUGCCUGAGAGAGAUACGUUGAUCGAUCAAUUAUCUGUAGAUCUGGAGUCUUCAAGCAGUUGCACUAGUCUGGCUCAAAGCGACGUAAGGGACAGAUCACCCAGCGUGGGUAGGAAUUCUCAUACCACCAGAGAUUCUGAUAUUGAUGAGGAAGAAGAUAAUGAGGAGGAGUUAGGGCACAGGAGAAUAUCGCCUCUAUUUGUUUGUGGAACACCUAGAAGCUCUAUCGAGAGUAGUUCGAAUAGCGAGAACGAAGAGGAAGAUGAGAAAAUGACUGUCAGCGAAGUCGCAGGGAGGAAGAGAAGUUCCAGCGAAUUUUCCAGUGGAAAGAUAGUUAUCCGAUCACCCUCUUCCACUCAUAAGACUGAAAUGGUGACCAUUGCACCCACCGAUGCAAUUGAGGACAAUGCGUUAGAUGUUCCCCAGGAAAUAGAGGCUGCCAAACCCAGGCAAGGGAAAGUGUUGAACUUUGAUGAAGAAUUGUUUGUCGAGUGCUGCUCCAGGUUGAAAGCUACCACUGAGAACGAGCUGAGGGGAGCCAAGAAGAUCAAAUUAGAUCAUAACGAUGGUUACCAUAGGAAAGAGGAUCAGCACCUAGGAUUCAGAGGGCCCAGAGACCGGUGGAGAGAUGUUGAAAGCCAAAAUAGCCUCGGGAGUCUCCUGGAAUCCGUUAAUCAGUUACUUGGUGAAGAGAUGUACAGUGCCAGAGAAAGGGGUUACCAAAAGCGAGGAAGUCGAAAUCUUAGAAGCGAACAUUCCAGCAGAUCAGCCAGCCCAGACAUGUCUAGAGCUGAGAAUCUGGGAUAUGAGGACAGUUUGGAUGUAGCAUUUGAACACAAUAACAAGCUCAGAGAUAAGAUCCAACAACGUAUGAGGGAGAGCGAAAGUCUGAUAGCCAGCACUUUUGGCCAUAAGAACGAGAACGAGAUCGCAGAUGGCGAACACCCAUUGAAAAACACCGAACAAAACGUUAUGAGAAAUUCUUACACUCAUGUGACAGACGAGGGUCCCUUGACUGUUACUAACUUAUCAAAUGGAGACUACAGCAAUGAUUUGCAUGUCAGAUGUUUGCAAGAUCAGAACUCUGGAAAACUGAAUUUGGAUUCUCCAGGGUUCAAAAGCAAAAUGAACUCUGCACUGGGUGGUUUGUUGGACAAAGCUUUAUCCAAUCUGCUCCACAAUAAUGGAAAGCAUGAUCACAAUGGAUCAACGCCAAUGAAAGUUCUAGCAGAGCUAGCCUGUGCCCGGGCACCAACAUCCACAGCGGGAGAUCCAACCUCCCAGGAAGACAUUCAGUCCUUGAUAAAAACUGGUUCGCUGAACAAGGAAUCCAACCCUGACGCAGUUCCACUGGCCGUCACCAAGGACUUGCAGAAAAAGGCUAGGAACCCCAUCAAGGAACUGUUUGAAAGGAAGAAGGAGAUGAACGAAAGGAAGCAGCAGGAGAAAUCUAAGACGGAAGCUGCUCUUCGGGAGCUGAAUGUGCACAGACAGCGUAAGACCAAGAAGGCCAAGAAACACCAGGACUUCCCUCUGAUCCGUCGCAAUGACCAUGGGGGGUUGGUUGAAAGGAAGAAGCGUCGAGACGGCUUUGAGAGGAAAGAAGAGUUCGCAUCAGAUAGAAUAAAGGAUGUCUACGAGUUUGACGAGGAGGAGAGUCAAAUGGAAACCAACCUGGGUGGCGUGAUGUCCUACAGAAACAGACCGAGCUACGAAGUGAGUUGUUUAAGGACUAAAGAUAUAGAUAUGGCAGGACUAAUGUCCAAGGCUAUCGGCGACAGCCUGGAGAACGGGAAAACUGGUGAUGCAUUGAGCACUAGGCUAGAGUCAAUGAUAGAUAGGAAGUUCAAAGAGCUAGAGAAAUUCGCUCCGAAGACCAAAGGUGCACUGAAGGCUUUUCAGAGCGAAGAACAACAGCGACAGAUCACUGGACCUAUGGACGAGUUUGUUGAGAGAAAGCAACAAAAGCCGAAACGAGUUGUAGAGCAGAACCUGAAGCACUCGAAGCUGAAGAAACGUAGUAAGAACCUUAAAAAGAAGACCAGAAACGCCUGGUACGAGAACGACAGCUCUGACGAGUACAGGACUGCGGUAAAAGCUGAGGACGUCGGUGUGGGGAUCUCCAAGAGCCAGAGAACCUGCUCCAAAGGCAAGCAGAACAUUUUUGCAGAGUUGUACACUUCGUCAGAGAGUGAGUUUGAUGACGAGGGCGUGGACUAUGAGACAAAGAAACAAAGAAAGGCGAAGAAGGUUGCAAAGAAGGUAAUAGAUCUAGGAAACAUUGGACAGAGCCAGGAGAUAAUUGAGGAUUACCAUUUGGAGAAUGAGGACGGCGAAUGGAAAGACCAGAGCUUGCGGGACGACGAUCAUAACAAGAAUGACUGUGACAAUAAGAAAUCGGAGUCGGAGAUGUCAGACCAACCUUUAGUCAUCGAUGAGAGAAAGGAUUCGGACGAGCAACGGAUCAGUGACGAAGAAACUGAAAAUCAAUACGAGAGAAACUUUGAAUUAGAUGACUUGUACAGAGAGGAUAGUUCAGUGGCUGAUUCGGAUGCGGAAGAGCCAAUGAUUACAGAGGUUCAAAAUGUUCUAAAUGAAUCAAACGAGAAGAACCUGUCUCCAGAGAAAGCAGAUGACCAGGCAGACUAUUCAAGGGAGGAUGAGCUUAUUCCAUUGGAAGAGGCCUUGGACCUUCUGGAUCAGACUGACGCUAAUCUAGAAACAGCCUACAAUAAUUUGAACAAAGAGGUACAAGCUGAAGAGCAAAUCGAUACAGUAGCGUUGAUAGAACCUGUAGACGAGCACUUCGACCCAGUUCAAGAAACAGCAGACAAGAGUUCCAGCCCAGAGGAAGAGCAAGACGAGGAUGGUGAUGAUGAUGUAUUGGCCUUGCCAGAAAAACUCUCUACCAACGAGAAACCACAAAAGGAGUCUGAAAACCUUCCACUUCACGUGUUUCUCAGUAGAAAAGUUCAGGAGUCGAAGAAAAGAAAGGAGCAACAAUUAAAAAAGAUUCAAGAAGAACAAGAAAGAAUCUUGAUGGACUUCCAACCGACCAGGAGGCAAAGAAAGUGUGCUAUUGGUAAGCAGGGACUGUUGGCAGAGAUAAGCAGUUCGGAUGAAGAAAUAAGCCUCAAGGACAGCAAGAGACCCAAUGAUAAAUCGGAUCACGAGAAGCAACGCAAACAAAAACGAGAAUCGAAAGAAAAACGCAAGGAAAGAUAUAUAGAGAAAAAGCAUGAACAAAUGAUAGCUAAAGAACAAAAGGCUAUAGAAGAUGAGAUCUUGCGGGAACUUGGAAAAAAGAAGGAAUCUCUUACGCAGAAUACUACAGACGUAAGAGCAGACUUCGAUGAUAAAACUGAGCCAAGAGAUACAGACUCGAUGGAGAACAAGGUUGCUCAGGAACAAGCGCGAAAGAAGAAACACCAAGCGAAAGAGAAGCUGAAGAAACAGAGCAAAACAGAGGAUGAUGCAAGUGUUAAGAAAAACAAUGAACAGUUAAGCGACGUUGAGAACAAUUGUAAUAGAUCCACUCAUGCAGAAAGCAAUCAGGAUAGCGAGGACAAGCAGGAAUCUCCUAAUAAGCAGAAGAAACAUUCGAAAUCACCGGUAAAGCCUAAAAAGAAUUCGAAAGGAGAGACAAAAGUUGCAGCGUCAGGUAAAAAAGGAAAGAAUUCGACUGCUGACAAGUCUAGAAGCAGAAUGGAUACAAAAGGAUCAAAAGAUAAAGAGCGCAGAUCUUCUAGCGGUCGGAGAGACUCGGAUGAUGAAGAACUGAAGACCACGAAAUCAUGGAACAAAGUGGAAGAGGGUGUUGGUGUGGCUAUCGGUCGUCGAAAACGUGCUGCUGCCAAUCAGCUAUAUUACUGGUCUAGUUCCAGCGACGAAGAAGAAAUAUUGGAGGUGGUCCCUACUGUGGAGGAAGAGGAGGAUGACCGUCAGGAGCAACAUGGCUGGAUCGUAGGGGAUUCCCACAAGAGAAUGAUAACCAUGCUAGCCAUGGAAAAACAGUUAAAAGAGAAACGAAGGAGAAGCGAGGACGAAUUCGAACCUGGCAAAGCGAAGAGCAAGAAACACAGAAACAGCACCUCUUGAUACGUGUUUCAUGAUUAGGUUUGUUUAAAUAUUUAAAGAUACUGGAGAAUUUUUAGGUAUUUCCUCUUUAAUCGAGAGAACACACAGUGGUCUUUAAAAGACAGUGAUCGCUAGCGACGAAAGAAAUUCAAUUCCUCAAAUAAGAGGAACACACUUUCUGGGUUAGCACAUUGUGUCUCCACAGAAAUCAAAGAAACCGCAUGUCUGGAUUCUAGAUGAAAAGAAUAGAAGUGGAACUUUUGUAACAAGUAUAGCGUAACUAGAUCUUUUGAUACUAGUCUUAGGUAUGUGGUAACCGAAGGAAUUCAGUUCAUCGAAGUAGAUGAAUCAAGUUGCCACGCUGCAACAAGGACUACAAACAAAACAAUUUUUAGUCUGUUCGUAUCUCGUAGAACGAAAAUUUGGGAUUAGCUAAUUAGGGGAUGAAUUGUGUCGUAGAGAGAGAGGAGAUGAAUCUGGUAGCUUUCUCUGUGUUCUUUAUCGAAUAGGCAAAAGGACACAUCGGCGUCGAAUUUAAUUCCUUUUUCCCUUUGAAUGUUCUUUUAAUUCACGGCAAAUGAUCUUACUCGUAGACACAUGGCGUUUAAAUUUUUACAAUCGACGCUUAUUUGUUCUAUCGAACGAUGAACAAAAUCGCAAUGUACUGCCAAGAAGAAAUUCGACUUCUUUCGUUGUCGCAUUGUACCGAGAUGUUAAUUUUCUUUUUGUUUGUGUUUUUUUAUGAGAAAGAAGAUCGGGGCAGGUUAGGUUAAUCUUGUACAUAGCAGCUUGGCGUUCACGUUAAAGGGCAAGCUCGUAUUUACAUUAAGAGAUAAUUAUGAUUCCAAGCUCUUAUAAAUAUUAUAAAUAUUAUCUACCAUUAGACUGAAUGUGAGAAAUAGCGCAAUUAAUUACAUGAGAAACUGACAAAAAAAAUUGUAUGAAAAUAAAAAAAGAGCACCUUUAGACAAUACCUAGAACAUUUGUAACGUUUAGUUAUCCCUAGUGGAUGAUCUUUAGGUGACUGAUCAAAAAUAUUAUUAAAAAAAAAGAGGAAGUAAAAUGUAUUAAGUUGGUACACGAAACGGAAAUGGGGUAGGGAAAGGAGGGUGGCAAAUUUAAUUGUUUGAAGGACGAUUGUAAACUGGGGUCCAAUCGAGUAUAGCGCUUUCGCUGGCUUUUGUUUUCUUGUGAUCGUACAUAUCGCGAAAUUUGAAAAGAAGAAACACGAAAACAUGGUCGGCCUUACUCGGCCGUACGAGUUUUUCCUUUUCGUAGUUGUUUGUAAUAGAAAUCCAAGAGUUUCGAGGAUUUGCUUUGCGCGUUCAUAACCAUUUCAAUGCAAAACCUCUUGUUUCCGUUUGAUGCGUUCGAAUUCCUAGAUCUCAUGUCGCGUCAUCAAUGAUUUUGUGAUGAUCGCCACGUAUUUAAGGAAUAUACAAGCUUACAAUAAACAAAGCAGAGGAGAAAUGAUAGAAAACUUUCCUUUCGUACGCCUAGUUGAUGCACA